AUGCACUUCUUCACAGUCUUCACUGACCUCCUCACUGACCUCCUCACUGACCUCCUCACUCCACACUCCCCAGGCAGAACCCGGUCAGGCCAACAGCACCGUUUGCUCCUGCCCAGGACCCGGGUCAGGCCAACAGCACCGUUUGCUCCUGCCCAGGACCCGGCUCAGGACCAUGGGGGACCGGGCCUUCGAGGCCUCUGCUCCCCGUCUGUGGACCGCCCUCCCGGACCACCUCAAGGCGUACAGCUCAUUUCUUAG